AUGUCUCCCACUGUUGACUCAGUGGAAGACAUUGCACGAAAUUAUUUGCGAAAAAAGGAAGGUCCAAGUGACGUGAUCUACGCACUGGGAUUCACACGAAGAGGCUGCUGCUUGUAUAAAAGACCAGCUGCUGCCGCUGCUAGCUCAGAACGGACUGGACACCGCAGCUAUGAAGUCUUACAUACUCGUUGUACUCGUUGUGGCUGCGCUCAUAGGCUGCUCCAGUGCAAAAGAAUGCGGCACCAUCUGCCCUUCAGUUUACCAGCCUGUGAGAGCAAAGUGUGGCUCCGUCACCCGGCAGUUUGGAAACCGCUGCAAGAUGAACGUGUACAACUGCCAGCACAACGCCGGUUGUAGGGCGGUUUGAUAUGAUGCCAAGAGCACUUUGAUGAUUAAUGAAGGAACUGAAGAAAUGACAUGCAGUUACUGCCAGAGACUUUGUAGACUAGAUAUAAAUUAACUGUAAACACUCAAUAAAGAAAUGUCGUCCUAAAA